GUGAUGGUCACGUGAGCUAACGGUCAGCCGGCGACCGUUUACCUGUUCGCGCGCUUUUGCUUCUCAACCGCCGCGAUGAGAGUCCCAAGAAAAAAAUUGCUUCUCUAAAUGGCAAGUAGUAAUCCGCAUAUCGCAGAUCAGUCAGAAGUUGAAUAUAACUCACCAGAGAACACAAAUCCUGAUGAUGACCCACAAAAUGUUGAUAGUGUCAAACAAAAUGUGCUUCAUGAGGCAGCUUAUGGCGACACAGCAAAAUUAGUACAGUUAAUAAGGAGUCAACAAAUUAAUGUGAACGACUGUGAUGCUCAGGGAAGGACUACGGUUCACAUCCUUGCAGCGAGGAAUAAUGUGGAUGUGCUUGAGAUCUUAGCCAAGGAAAAUGAUGUUGAUCUAGAUACGAAGACUUUUGAAGACCUUCAAGCUCCAAUUCAUUAUGCUGCAAAACAUAAUUCACUCUGCACUCUGCUUUAUCUGUGUGAAAAUGGUGCUAAUAUUGAAGCCCGAGACCAGAGAGCAAGGACACCACUGUUUCUCGCUGUUGAGUAUGGUCACACCAAGGCAACCAGACUGCUUCUGCAGUACAAUGUAGAUUUUCGAACAGUUGAUGCUUCAGGCCAAUCCAUUCUGUCACUAAUGAUAAUGAACAUGCCUGAUGUGGCUGAGGAAUGCUUGGACAAACUUAUUUAUCAUAAUCCUACUACUCAACGAUCAUACUAUUAUCUCAAAUGUUUAGAGCCGAUUUACAACAAGUCAUUACAAGGGGUUUAUUCCAGGAGACCUAUGCAAUUUAUUGUCCAAUAUGAAUUAUACAACCUAGCAAAACAUCCCAUUGUUCAAAAGUUUGUGAAUAUCAAGUGGAAAAUUUAUGGAGUUAUGGAAAUGUGGCUCCUUCUGGUAGCUAACCUUAUAUUUGUGACAUCCUGGACUUUGUUUAUAUUCCUAAACACCAUGAGAAAAAUUGAGUUAAACAAGCAGGUGUUGAUUUACUUGUUUUAUGGUGCUUUCUGCAUCUUUGAAGUUGUCUUUAUGAUUACUCAGGACAUUUAUAGAUUCCUUGAUAUAAAAAGAGUGUUUAACACGUGGAAGAAACAGCAAGAGCAGUCUUUUACUUAUGAACUGAAGUACUGCAAUCCAGCUUCGCCCAAGGAUCAAGAGUACUUGAAGAACAAGUUAACAGAACUGAGCCGCAUGAAACCUUAUUAUCAUUUAACAUUGUGGAAAAUCCUUGAAUGGUUGCUAUACCUAACACUGCUGUUUAUGGCCCUUAUCGAAUUUGCAAGUUUUAUUUUGAGGGAUAAGCGUCUCAAAGAAAGCAUCACUGAACCGUUUGCUUUGGUUAUUAUACCUCUUUGGCUCUACAAUAUAAAAUUCUUCCGGCCAUUCAGAUUUUUUGGAAUAUUUAUUCAACUGCUACAGAAAACAUUGCCGAUCUUUGUAAAAUACCUGUUUAUCUUUGCACAAAUAUUUUUGGCUUUAACCCUUUCCAUCUUCUUUGUUACUGAAGUUCAAUUUGAAGACUACAAGAUAUUAGAUAUACUGCUGUUGACCAUGUUUGGAAAGAUUGUCCUUGAUAAAUCCGAAAGUAGCUAUUUAAAGAUCAUAUAUCCCAUUUUGACCUUUAUACUGUCUGCCUUACUGGUGGGAUUUGGAGGCAUCCUUUGUAACAACCUAUUUAUUGCUAUGCUGAGCCAAGUCGUAUCUGGUUACAGGACCCAGAUUAACCUGGAAGCUGACGUGACAAUGGAGAGGUUGAAGAUUCUGGUGCGGAGAGACCAGAAUAUUAGCUUCUACCAUGAUCGCCUGAUAUCACACUUUUUUAUUUGUAAGAUGUGUACCCCACUGGAGAUCUACCAGAACACAGAAGCCAACACUUCACUUCUGCAGCAUCUCAAAAAGUCGUGCACAGCAAUUGCAGAACAGCUCCAUGAGGUUGGUGUGUUUCUGAAGACAAAGAUGCUGGACAAUAAAGGGGUUGGCGGCUUAAAGCAAAGGAAGCAGGAAGAGAAAUCCCUCUUUAUAAUCCAGCAGGAAGUGAAACUCUUACAGAAGAAGUUGGUAAUGACAUCAAAAAAUCAAGAGAAGAGAAACCAACUGCUCUCUCUGGAGAUCCAACUCCUCUCGUGUCUCGUGGAAACCAUGAAAGUCGCUCUCAAACACACCUCCAAACAGCCAGUGGGCGGUGAGUAAACUGAGUGGUGUAAGCGUUCAGUGGUAAUUGCCUGAGCUGAUGUUCGUUCCCAGCGUGGCAGCCACACAGACUCCUGGGUCUGAUGAUCUGAAAAAUAGUAACUGCAUUGCAACAUAAAUAGGAGACAGUAUUGAUCUGCUUGUGACUUGUCCUACGCUCAGUUUUCCUGUCAGCGCCUUGGGACGUCUUCCCGAAAUGAGAGGAGCUGCACAAAUGUAAUUUUGUUGUGGUUGACCCCAUAAUUGUUCUCUGCCAUAAUUAUACCCAUCAACAUACAAUGGAGUCCUGUAGCUCAGUGGUUAGAGCACUCGCUUUGCA